AGGAAAACGAAACCCCUCUUUCUCUCACUCGCAUUUCAUAGAGAUAAGGGAAAAGCAUCAGAAGGCCGUUGCAGCCGGAAACAAACAACGAUUCUCAGCUGAGGUCUGGGUUUCGCCCAUUCUGAAUUGUUGCCCUUUUUCGUCUCAAUAGAUCGGAGAUCUGAAACAUAUGGCUGAGCAGAUCAAGAUUUCAACCCCUGAUCGUGAGCGAGAAGGAGGUGGGACGUCCAUUGAAGCGCGAUUUGCUCACUUCUGCAAGAAUUUGCUACCCUUAGAUGACAGCGACAUUUUGGAUCAAGCCACCAAGCUGUUUGGCCAAAGCAAGAGUCUUCUGUUAGCCAAUGUAUCUGCUAUUGGAAAUGGGACGCCGGAUGAAGCAGAACGUUAUUGGUUUGCAUUUGUCCUAUAUUCAGUUAGAAGGCUCAGAGAAAAUGUUGGCUCCACGGAGAAGGGUCUCAAUUUAUGCCAGAUAUUGAGAGCAGCAAGGCUCAACAUUGUUGAUUUUUAUAAGGAACUUCAUCAAUUUCUAAUCAAGGUUGGAUCAAUUUUGAGUAACCUGUAUGGUGAGGAUUGGGAGAAGAGGUUUGAGGCAAAGGAAUCACACACAAACUUUGUGCAUUUAAUCCUCUUGAGCAAGAAAUAUGAGCGUGCAUUUCGGGAUCUUUUCUCUAUGGUUGAUGCUAAUGAUGGCAAGCAAUUUAAUGUUGCAAAUAUUUCUGGUCCUGGGUCAGAGUAUUACCGUUUUGGAUGGUUUCUCUUUCUGGCCCUUCGUGUACACGUGUUCCGUAUGUGCAAAGAUUUAGUAUCAUGUACUCAUGGCCUGGUUUCUGUUCUGGCAAUACUUUUAAUACACGUUCCUGCUCGCUACAGAAACUUCAACCUUAAUGAUUCUGAACGCAUAGUUAUGAAAGGCGACAAGGUUGAUCUCAUUGCAUCACUUUGCAAUAUGUAUGACACUUCAGAAGAUGUUCUCAGACAAACUUUGGAAAAGGCUAACAACAUGAUAACUGAUAUAUUGAAGCAAAGCCCUUGCUUGGCUUCUGAUUCUACGCCUGAGAACUUGGAAAAUAUUGUUACAGAUGGUUUGAUCUAUUAUGAAGAUUUGAUGGAUGAAUCUUCUUUACUACCAAGUAUGAACUUGCUGGAGAAGGAUUAUGAUUCUGCAAUUCGAGAUAUGGAUGGAUUAGAUGAAAGGAUUUUUAUAAAUGACAAUGAUAGCUUGCUAGGUUCAGGGAGCUUAUCUGGAAGUGCUGUAAGCAUGAUUGGAAAUGGAACAAAGAGGAAAAUUGACACAAUGUCCUCCCCAAUAAAGACAAUUUCAAGCCCACUGUCCCCUUAUCGAUCUCCUGUACGCCAUUCCAAUGGUUUUGCUGGUGGUGGCAUGUCCAAGAUGGCUGCUACUCCAGUUAGCACAGCAAUGACAACUGCAAAAUGGCUACGUUCUGUUAUCGCUCCACUCCCAUCCAAACCUUCGGUAGAGCUAGAGAGAUUCCUUCAAUCAUGCGACAGAGAUGUGAGUGCUGAUGUCACUAGGAGGGCUCAGAUAAUACUUGAAGCCAUAUUUCCAAGUAGCGGACCUUUGCAAAAUGCUACCUUGAUGGACAACAUAUGGGCUGAACAACGUCGAAUCGAAGCAAUGAAGCUGUAUUUCAGGGUUCUCCAAGCAAUGUGCAUGGCUGAGUCCCAGAUUUUGCACGCGACCAAUUUAACUUCUUUGCUUACCAAUGAGAGAUUUCACAGAUGUAUGCUAGCAUGUUCUGCUGAGCUUGUUCUUGCCACACAUAAAACCGUGACAAUGUUGUUUCCAACAGUUUUGGAGAGAACAGGAAUAACAGCCUUUGAUCUUAGUAAGGUGAUAGAGAGCUUCAUCAGACAUGAAGAAACUCUUCCCAGGGAACUCAGGAGACAUUUAAAUUCGCUUGAAGAACGAUUAUUAGAGAGCAUGGUUUGGGAAAAAGGCUCAUCAAUGUACAACUCCUUGAUUGUAGCAAAACCCGCGCUUUCUGCAGAAGUAACUCGUCUUGGCUUGUUAGCCGAACCUAUGCUUUCUUUGGAUGCAAUUGCCAUGCACAUUAACAUGUCAACUGGUGCCUCAGCCUUCGCUCAAAAGCAUGAAAAAACUGGUCAAAAUGGAGAUAUACUUUCACCAAAAAGAGUCUGCACUGAGUACCGGAGUGUAUUGGUUGAACGGAACCCAUUCACGUCGCCAGUGAAAGAUCGCCUCUUGGUCCUAAACAACUUGAAAUCUAAGUUUCAAGCUCCUAUUUUACAUUCUGCAUUUGCUAGUCCUACGAGACCAAAUCCAGGUGGUGGAGGAGAAACAUGUGCAGAAACAGCUGUCAAUGUUUUCUUCAGUAAGAUUGUGAAGUUAGCAGCCGUCAGAAUUAAUGGGAUGGUUGAAAGACUACAGCUUUCACAGCAGAUAAGAGAGUCUGUCUACUGCCUUUUCCAAAAGAUCCUUGGUCAGCGGACCACACUGUUCUUCAGCCGACACAUUGAUCAAAUUAUCCUUUGCUGCUUCUAUGGAGUCGCUAAGAUUUCCCAACUGAACCUGACCUUCAAAGAAAUCAUUUUUAACUAUAGAAAGCAACCUCAAUGCAAACCUCAGGUUUUCCGGAGUGUGUAUGUUGAUUGGAAAGUUCCUCGCCGAACUGGGAAAACCGGCCCUGAUCAUGUUGAUAUCAUAACAUUUUACAAUGAGAUAUUCAUUCCUGUGGUAAAACCUCUUCUAGUUGAGCUCGCUCCUGGUGGAUCAGAACAGGGUAGUUCUCAUGCUUCAGAGGCCAAGAAUAGCAUUGAUGGUGCUUGUCCAGCACCAGCAUCGCCUAAACCAUCCCCAUUUCCAAGUCUUCCAGACAUGUCCCCUAAGAAAGUGUCCGCGGCUCACAAUGUUUACGUCUCCCCGUUGCAGUCAUCAAAGAUGGAUGCACUAAUAUCACAUAGCUCAAAAAGCUAUUAUGCUUGCGUGGGAGAAAGCACUCACGCGUACCAGAGCCCUUCAAAAGACCUGAAUGCCAUUAACGAUCGCUUGAAUGGAACCAGGAAGUUGAGAGUUGCCCUCAAGUUCAACGAGGAGGAGGGUGCGUUGAUGAGAGGGACGGGGUUGGUGAUGGACUCAGCAGUUGCCGACAGCCUGGGCAUCCAAAAUGGUAAGCGUGUGUUGACACCGGUGAAAUCUGAGCAGCAGCCGGAGUUGUAAAAGUAUUGUUUUUAUGGGUUUGUAGAUAAGUUUGUGACUGACUAACCGUGUUUAGGUGGUAGCUUAGGUAGGGAGAUGGGUAUGAUGAGCGGUGAGUUAUUAUACAAUGGCCGCCUCUGACCCCAGGGUGCUCUCUUAUUCAUGCUUUUCACCUCUAAUAAAAUUUUGCAUUUUUGCUGUA